UGACAGGGCUUUUUACGCCGCUUUUUCGGCGACUCUUUGGUCUUCCGCUUUUUGCCACCGCCCCCAACCUUCCACACCCUUGUCGGCUCUGCCUUUUUUUUGUGUGUUGCUCCUCCCCUGGUAGCCGUGCCCGGGAAUUAGAUCGCUAGCCGGAACCGGAGCUGGGCCUAGCCAUCCAUCGGCUCAGGCAAAAGCUACGACCGAGCUCUCCCCGCCGUCGCUGUUCGGGCCUUGGAGUUCCUGGGCGGGCAGUGCUGGUAGACCCUGCGUGGCCCUUACCGAGGGACACCUUCCAGGACCAAAAGAGGAAGAUUGUCUUGGCACUCCCACAUGGUGGUUCAAAGGGUCGUGAAGAACUAAGGUAGAAGAAUACAUGUUCACUUUCAGUGAAAAAGAGCAUGUUCCCAAACUCAAUUUUGGGUUGCCCGCCCUUCACUCCAAGCCAUCAACAACAUAAUAACUUCUUCGCCCUGUCACCAACUCUUUAUUCACAUCAGCAACUUGUAGACGCUCAGUUUAACUUUCAGAAUGCAGACUUGUCUAGAGCUGUGUCAUUACAGCAGCUGACAUAUGGAAAUGUCAGUCCAAUACAGACCUCCACUUCCCCAUUAUUUCGAGGAAGGAAGAGAUUAAGCGAUGAAAAAAACCUUCCUCUUGAUGGUAAACGGCAACGUUUUCAUUCACCCCACCAAGAGCCAACUGUAGUUAACCAGAUAGUGCCUUUAUCAGGUGAACGAAGAUAUUCAAUGCCACCAUUGUUUCAUACGCACUAUAUACCAGAUAUAGUCAGAAGUGUUCCACCUUUUCGAGAAAUACCGUUUUUAGAACCUAGAGAAAUCACACUGCCUGAGGCCAAAGAUAAGUUGAGUCAGCAGAUACUGGAGUUAUUUGAAACAUGUCAGCAGCAAACAAGUGAUUUAAAGAAGAAAGAACUCUGUCGAACACAGCUGCAGAGAGAAAUUCAGCUGUUAUUUCCACAAAGUAGACUUUUUUUGGUUGGGUCUUCUUUAAAUGGAUUUGGUACUCGGACCAGUGAUGGUGAUUUAUGCCUAGUUGUUAAGGAAGAACCUGUAAAUCAGAAGACUGAAGCACGGCAUAUACUCACCUUAGUCCAUAAACACUUCUGUACUAGACUUUCUGGCUACAUUGAGAGACCUCAGCUGAUUCGAGCAAAAGUGCCAAUUGUGAAGUUCAGGGAUAAAGUCAGUUGUGUGGAGUUUGACUUGAAUGUAAACAAUAUUGUUGGAAUAAGAAACACAUUCCUUCUUAGAACUUAUGCAUACCUUGAAAAUCGAGUUCGUCCAUUAGUGCUGGUGAUUAAGAAGUGGGCAAGUCAUCAUGAGAUAAAUGAUGCCAGUCGUGGUACUUUAAGCAGCUAUAGUCUUGUAUUGAUGGUUUUGCACUAUUUACAAACCCUACCUGAACCCAUCCUUCCAUCCCUCCAAAAAAUUUACCCAGAAUCUUUUAGUCCUGCUGUACAGCUGCACCUUGUACAUCAAGCUCCAUGUAAUGUUCCUCCUUACCUCUCAAAGAAUGAAUCAAAUCUUGGGGACCUCUUACUGGGCUUUCUUAAGUAUUAUGCUACAGAAUUUGACUGGAACAGUCAAAUGAUUUCAGUUCGUGAAGCCAAAGCCAUUCCGAGGCCUGAUGGUAUUGAAUGGAGAAAUAAAUACAUCUGUGUAGAAGAACCUUUUGAUGGAACAAAUACAGCCAGAGCGGUGCAUGAAAAGCAGAAGUUUGACAUGAUCAAGGAUCAAUUUUUAAAGUCAUGGCACAGAUUGAAAAACAAAAGAGAUUUGAACAGUGUACUACCUUUAAGAGCUGCUAUCCUGAAAAGAUAACUGGCCUCUAUUUCUUAAUAAGUUCUUCCAAGAAAUAAAGAACAAUAGUUACAUCAUAAUGAAUUUGUUUACCUUCAUUGUGUUUUCUUUUUAAUUGUUCUUGUUUUCAUGUUUUAUUUUUAAAAGGACAUACUUAUAUAAAGAUUACAUAUUUUAUUAUGACAUUUCCUAAUAAAACCCUUUGAUUUAAAAAUGUAUUUUUGAAAAUGUUUACAUUGAUGAUUAGUAAUAUUAUGGCAUGAAUUUUCAGGUGAUCAGAUAAAAUAUAUUUUGGGAAAUUACCUGAACAAAUAAAAAGUUUUUGAUAUAACUUCAAUUAAUUAUACCACAUGUAAUAUGGAAGAGAUUUGUGGGGUUUUGGAAAGGGUCUGAUUCAUACAUGCUGAAAGUAUAAUCUACAGUAGAUAGUUUGUUGUCUUAAGUCUGUUCUAGUAAGGUGAAGAUUCAAGUCAGUUAUUCAGUUACUUGAAGCAAAAUGAAAUCUUUUAUUUCAGUGAAAUCACUGCAGAGUCAUGAAAUACUGGACAGUUGCCUUAAGUCUUCACUUGACUCGCUGGGAUAGACUGAGGCUUUGGAUGGGUCUAUAUUAGCAUUUCAUUAGUACGUCACACACUUUUGAUGUACUCUUGAGACUGCUUUAAAUUUUGUGUUUAAACAACAAUAUAUUUUGCACUGUUGUAAUAUGAGCACUAACUGUUACAGCAGUUAGUGAAUUGUUUUAAAGAAUCAGUUCAGUGUAGACAUUUUGUAAAGAUUGUCUCCUGUGCUUUAUGACAGCUUAGUGCAAUGUGCACUUUUGCUUUACUUCCCAUUUUCCUGCUUUUAUUUUCCCUGUGACAUGAAGCAACAGAAACUGAGAGAGCAAAGUUAAGAUUAUAUCCUAUUUGUAGUAUCAGAUUUUUUUUUUUUUUUUCUGUGUACAGUGAUAGGAUUGUAAUCUAAACUGGAAUUUUUAGGCAGGACGCCACUACAGAAUGUUUUAGAUAAGACAUAACAAAGUUAUUAUAAAUGAAAGCUUAAUGUUUGUAAAAAUAUCUUUUUUAGUAUUUCUUUUCCACAUGAAAGAAGUAGUAGUGGCUGCUUAAAAAGCUACAGUGUUUAUUAAGGUUUUUUAUUUCUGUAAAUAUUUGUAAAUUGGUCAGUGCCUGUAAAUUUAAAUAUAAAAAGUAAUCUUGAAAAGUUUUAACUUUUUCAAAAGGAUUGUGUACAACUUCUUUUAGAACUGCUGUAGUACAGUUUGUACCUCCAAUGUAUUUCUUUUUUUUUUUUUUUUGCCUACUAAUUGAAAUGAUAAAACUUUUCCUUUCCUUUGACUUGUAAAAGCGUAUUUUCAUUUUGUUCUUUUAGUUUAAAAUUUUGUAUGAUGUCAAAAGAAAUAAAGUUUAUAUGUGGAAAUUGUU